CUCCUCACUGCAACUCAGCUGAACUCGGAACUCCUGGUAACAUGUCUUACAACUGCGGCUCUGGAAACGUCUCCUCCUGCUGUUUUGGAGGUUACCUGGGAUGUCCAGUUUCCACUUAUAAUUCGUUCUACACCACCAAUGCCAUCUCUUCUCCAAACACCUGCCAACUGGGCUCCUCUCUUUACAAUGGCUGUCAGAAGACCUAUUGUGAGCCCACCAGCUGCCAGACAUCCUUCAAUUUGGCCAGAUCCUAUCAGACAUCCUGCUACUGCCCAAGGAAUUCCAUCUUCUGCAGCCCCUGCCAGACUAACUACAUAGGAUCCCUUGGAUGUGGAAACCAAAUGUGA